AUGCCUCCCAAACGCAAAGGCGUAGUGAGCUACUCUGAUUACGCCUCGGGCUCUGAGAUCGAGACAAAACCCGCAAAGCAGACGAAGAAAUCACCCACCAAGAAGCUGACGUUUGAAGAGAAGGGUUAUGGCAAAGGAAAGGCCAUCUCUGACAGCGAAACUUCUGGUCCGGAAAAGAAGAAGGCCAAACUCCCUACAAGUCGCCGCGGAGGGGACCCUUCUCCAACACGCCGCAGCACUCGCGCCACCUCGAAAGCUCGCCAGCCUCCUCCACCCGCCAAAGCUCCACCACUGCCAACUCCUCCCACCACCAUGAGCGGCUCCAGAAGCCAGUCUACAAGCCGCAGAGGGCGCCAUCCAUCACCCUCAGCCAUGGACACUUCCAAGCUCCCCAAACGUACUCGCACCGUCUCUCCUCGCAAGCGCCUCAUCGAAGACUCCCCACCGCCCGAAGACAAGAUGGACCCGUUCCCUAAGAGGCGCCCUCCGAUGACCGUCACCGACAAGCCCGCCGUUCGCAACUGCUACGGCGAAAAGGUGCCUCCACCCGUCGACACUCAACAAAAGAUGCGCCAAGCACUCAACUUCCUGUCGGACGAAGGCGUCGAGAACUGUCAAGACUUUGAGCAAAAGCUGGCCGCUCUCGAGGAGUGGCUCCGCAAGAACCAUCCCGCCAUGGACGGCAUCAUUCCAGAAGGCGAGGAAGAUGUCGAGAGGCUCUGCCGCAGAGUCGAGUACAUGAUCUGGGUGCACAAGCGGCGCAUCGAAGAAGGCGCCGACCAGUGGUUCUCGCGCGACCAGUUCCCGCAUUCAAAGACCUUCUACACGCCCAUCAGACCUGGCAAGAACGACGGCUGGCGCCUCAACCCGGAUGGCUCCAUGAUCAACAGGCCAGAGCACGCCAAGCUGCAAGUCAUGGUGCAACAGGACAGGGAACGUGCAGCAAAGCAACGCGCCGAACAAGCUGCCAAAGAUGCCGCCGCCACUGCCGCUGCUGCACUGGCGCCAAAAGCUACUUCCGCUUCCAGGGCGCCUGCUAAACAGCCCGUUCGAUCCAGGUCUCCCGCCAAGCAGACUGCCGCUUCUAGUGAAGACUCUGCUGCUGCUGCUCCCGAUGCGCCCACUCGUGCAAAGUUUGGAUUGCCUUAUCCCGAAUUCUGGCACCGCAAGGAAGCCGCUCGCUUCCCCUAUGGCGAGACUCCCUACAUGGAACGUGUCUACAGCAAUCAAAUCGACGCCGACCUUGCUCGUGGCAGAGAAUCAAGAGAAGCUAUCCAAGCUGGCUCUCUCUACCCGAUCAAGAAGAUGUACAACAACUUUCUCGGUAUGUUGCCCUUGUCUGGAGGAAAGAACAAGGCUGGUCCACCCUACGAUCCUUACAAGCUGCCUGACGUCUCGGACGAUUUCCUCGAUGAACAAGAGCAGAAGCACGGUUUCCUCGGUUGGUAUGACAAGGGCACGGGCGACAAGAGAACAGCUGCAGAUGCUGCACUGCAAGCACCAAAGUCACCUGCCAAACGGACCAGAUCUGGUAGGAACGCUACAUGA